AUGUUGCAAGGACUCCUGUGUCUGCUGCUCCUUACCACCUCUGCAUUUGCCUAUCCAAUCGUAGUGGUACCGGUGGACUGGGCUAACGUCCCGACCAGCACACCAGAUGCUCGUAAUUUGAACUCUCCUUAUUUAGGGGAGUGUGUUUGCGACGUUACUCGAGGUAUUUGUGAUUCUUUCUGUUGUUGUGAUGAGGAUUGCGACGCCAGUGCUCGAGCAGCGUUCUCCUACUGCCUCCCUGAAAAGUACAGCUCUCCAUAUUUAGAUUAUUGCUACCCAAAGGACCGAGCCACUUCUCUGAAGCGAAUCAACAGAAAAGAUGCAACUUACAUCGAAAAGAAAUUGCAAGGCUACAACGCCGUCUGCGUUAUUAGGACAAAUCAUCCCAGCGAGCUCUACCGGUAUUUCAGAGUGCCUACAGAUGUUCGACAGCCUUUGCUUCCCACCACCCCCACAGAACCGGUUACCGUCAGUCAGCCAUACGGGGUAGGCGAUCCUUUGAAAAUGGUGAAAUACGUGGUAAUCAGCGGAAGUCCUUCGUAUCGCCGUGUAGCUCCGUUCCAACUGCCGACCACUAUGAGCGAUGGCUCGUGCAGCGCCAUCGGGCGAAAUGUCGGUUUUUUGGAUUCCAUCAAAGGCACCUCAUGUACGUUAAAUGGCGCUCAAAUAUGCUUGCUGUUUCCAGUAGCAAAGUACCAGAACCUCUUUCUACAGGCUACGCUGAGAUAUAACAGCAGUGUUCCUGAAUUUGUGCCCGUGACGCUGAAUCUUCACGACUCAUCCGGUGUGCUACUGGACAGUCUCGAUCCCACCUUUGUUCCCGCGACAAGCACUUACGCAACAAUUUCUGACGCCAAGACGUGCAACAACGCAAUUAUUGACCUUGAAGCACAUUUUUCCUACUCUUCAAAUGAAAGCGGAAAACUGAUAGAGGCAGUCCUUAACGUUACUCUGGGUAGCGUUGGGCUAAUGCAAUACGUUGCAUUAUCUUUCGAGGCCGCCUUCACCAGCGAAAAUGCAACUGUGCCGAGGAAUAUUUUUGCAGCAACUCCGGGGUAUCUCUCUGGUGACAAAAUUCGUUCUGGAACUUUAGUCAACCAGGGCGAGAAGAGUGCUAUCCUGGAGCGAGAAAGUGGAUUUGUAGUGCCAGCUGGUGGCAGGCUGUGCGGCAGUAAUCAGUGGAAACGAGCUAGUUUCCUGCAUUCUAUCAUCAGCAGUGGGUGUCUAGUUUUGAUGAACGAAUCUGAACUGCAAGACAUUUGUAGCACUGGGACUGGGCACCUCCUUGCUGCCCUGAUCAACGUCACUGUCGAUGGUAUUCCCACCAUUCUGGAUCAAAUAGGUGUUACUAAUGAUGCUCUCACAAACGACACAACGAGCUGGAUUUCUAUCAGUGGGUUAUCAAAUGCCCUCACUCCCUCCAGUGGUACCUACAACGCGUACAGUCGUCAGUGCAGCAACAUUACGGUGGGCCUACAUUACCAGUUUGUGGUGGCGCGUGCCGGUGCCGAGUAUAAUCCACAAGACAUCAUAGUCGGUGCGUUUGCUUCACCCAUUAUUGGAACCUUUCAAAUAUGGAAUGAGACAAAUUUCAACGGAGAUGCACUUUCUUAUCAGCAGCUCACCUUCAAAGUGAGCUUCUCACGAUAUGACCCCAACUCACAGGCAACUAUUAUGCACAGGAUUGUCGCGCCCCCAAUUCUGCCACCUCUUGAUGACAGUAUCUUCUACCCGUUCCGCAGUUCACAUCCGGUGUGA